AUGACAAUGGUUCGAAAGGCGGCGUACGAGUUGCGAUUACAUAUAUCACUCAAGUACAUAACAGCUAAUGUUUUGGAUAAAAGUGACGGAAGUUUAGUAGCUCAAGUGUCAUCGAUAGAGCACGCUAUCAAACGAGCCUUUGAGCUUGGCCGCACCACUAAGAAUCCUCACGCUGCCACUGUUGUCGGAGAAGUUUUAUCGCGGCGGAUCAAAUUAGAAGCCCUUCAUCGCAAUCAUCAAGGUUUGGAUGAUGGGAUCCAUGCUAAUGUUUAUAAACAAGUUCAGAAGAAAGGGGUAGAAGAUGCUGCUGCUAAUGCUAAGAUUGUUUGGGGUAUUAUUAAUACGCUUCGAGACAAUGGGAUUAGGAUUAUUGUCGAGGAUGAUAAUGGUGAUUUGUGA